AUAGUGGCUGUCCAUUACUGAUAACAUUAUCUGCCCAGUAAGAUAGGCCCUUAAACAUAUGAGUGGGGAGCUCCAGUUAUGGGACUCAGAGCUGUUUGGGCAAAGGGCUGAACACACAACUGGCAAAGAGAAGUUGGCAUGGGCAGCAUCAGCAAAGAGCACACCGUGGGCGCAGAUGACUGUGAUUUGCAUGAACUGCAUAUCAAAUCCAAGGAAAACACUAAUAAUGACUACCGGUUGCUGAAAAGGGAUUACCAGCACAGGGUGUUUGUGAAUAGGAGCUUAACCUUGGAGAAGAUAAAAUGUUUUGGCUUCGAUAUGGAUUACACAUUGGCCAUGUACCGGUCCCCAGACCAUGAAGAACUUGCGUUUGAGCUGCUGUUGGAUAGACUGGUCUCCAUUGGUUACCCUCAUGAAAUUGUGGAAUAUAAAUAUGACCCCUCUUUUCCUACAAGGGGCCUUGUGUUUGAUAGCCUGUAUGGAAAUCUGCUAAAGGUUGAUUCUAACGGGAAUGUGCUUGUUUGCACUCAUGGGUUCCGUUUCCUGAAAGGAGCAGAAAUCUGGGGAAUUUACCCUAAUAAGUUCAUACAGAGAGACGACACCAAGAGAUUCCAUGUACUUAAUACACUAUUUAACUUGUCUGAAACCUAUCUCUACGCUUGUUUAGUGGAUUUCUUUACAAACUGCCCUCGAUAUGUUAACUGUGAGACUGGCUAUCGCCAUGGGAACCUGUUUAUGUCCUUUCGUAGCAUGUAUCAGGAUGUGCGAGAUGCUAUGGACUACGUGCAUGACUCGGGUGUCCUGAAAGAGAAAACGCUAAAGGAUCUACAGAAAUAUGUUCUCAGAGAUGCUAGGAUCCCUCUGCUCCUGAAAAGAAUGAAAGAUGUGGGGAAAGUGUUUCUGGCCACAAACAGUGAUUACAACUACACAAAUGCCAUUAUGACCUACCUGUUUGAUGUGGUACAAGAUGAAGAUAAGGACAAGGACCCGUCCCAAAAAAAUUGGCGUUCCUACUUUGAUUUGAUUGUUGUGGACUCUAGAAAGCCUCUCUUCUUUGCUGAAGGGACAGUCCUCCGCCAGGUAAACAUGGACACAGGAAAAUUAAGAAUUGGAACUUACACUGGUCCUUACCAGCACUGUACAGUAUAUUCAGGAGGUUCUUCAGACAUUGUAUGUGAUCUUCUCGGGGUGAAGGGCAAAGACAUUUUGUAUAUUGGGGAUCAUAUCUUUGGGGACAUUUUGAAGUCUAAGAAGAGACAGGGAUGGAGGACCUUUCUUGUGGUGCCAGAACUGGCCAAGGAACUUAAUAUCUGGACUGAGAAAAGUGAGCUUUUUGAGGAGCUGAAGCAUCUGGAUAUGUAUUUGGCUCAGCUGUACCAGCACAUGGAUAGUGGAAGCAAUGAGCAUCCUGACAUCACAUCUAUUCAAAAGAAAAUCCAGAAAGUUACCCAUGAGAUGGACAUGUGCUAUGGAAUGAUGGGAAGCGUGUUCCGCUGCGGCUCUCGACAGACCCUUUUUUCCAGUCAGCUGAUGCGUUAUGCUGAUCUCUAUGCUGCCUCGUUUCUUAAUCUUUUGUACUAUCCCUUUAGCUAUUUGUUCCGUGCUCUUCCAGUACUGAUGCCGCAUGAAUCCACAGUGGACCAUAUCAGUGCAGAUGGUGCUGAUGGUAUCAAGCACCAGACUAAAUAUCUAAACUCAUAUGGGCAUCAGGUGGGGACACAACAUUCAAAACAGCUAUUUCAAAAUCAAGAGACUAAAACAGAUUCUGCAAGAAACCAGUGAAGAUGAUGACUGAUCUGCUCCCAUUCACAUAGUAUGAGCCGGGUCAACCUCCAAUAUGUUCUCCAAUAUUAUACCCACCGGCUGUGUUAAAACCCCAAAGACUUUUGCAAAGAAUUCAACUGAUCUUUGGCAGCUCUUAAGAAAAUGGGUUCCUUUAUGUUUAGAAGACACCAACAUUAGCAGCACAUAACUUAUUAAACAGUCAUACAAGAUAUCAAUAUACAAUGCUUACAUCUGUGUUUGCAUAUCUUACCCACAAUUAUUUUGUGCAUUGGAAACAUUGUAUAUUAAGAAUUUCUGGGGGAAAGCAAGCGGGGAUACUUGAUGUACUAAUUUCCUAUGCAAAUAUUUACAUUGAUUUAAAUAUAUAUAUAUAUCUCAGA